AUGCGGGCAAGUAGAGGCCUCAGCGGGGCACCCGGUGGCAGCGGCCUGGCCGGAACACGGUGCGCUCUUUCAACGGCGUAUGCAGUGGAGAAAGCAGCGUUCGGGAAUACCUCUUUGAACCACCCCUCCAGGAAGGCCGCCGAUGCUUGGAUUGGAGCACUCCAGUCCACGCUGCAGCAUUUUCUUGUGACCAGUGGAUUAUGGGUAAGCUCAUUGAUGCAGGAGGCGACUUGCGACUCCAUGAUCAGACAUCCAAACGACCAUAUGACUGGGCACGCAUGGCUGGAAAAGAUGAAAGUGCUCAGAAAUGCUAACAGAUCCAUCUUAAAACCAAAUAAAUGUGAGAGUUUUUCAGUAAAGAAAGUAUGCAGCUUUGGCUACGGACAGUUUUGUGUACGGGAUAAUGGUCAAGCUGGAUUUUUGUUAACUUUCCCUUUCAUUGAGGAAAAAUGGCUUGUACGGGAAGAAUGCAAGCCCACAUUCUCCUAUGCUUCUGGACCAUUUAUGACAAUGACAAAUUUGCUGUGGGGAAGCACAGAAGUUACAGUUAAGGGGUUAAGUGACUUGGCUCAAAACAAGUGCUUUGCUGAUCUUCUAAUAGCGGAAGAGGAGAUGAUGAGUUACCUACAACAUCCUCUUAUUCUGCAGCUGUUAGCACUGUCUACAUCGGCUUCUCUAGAGAGGAAACAACUGGUGUUUGAGCGGGUCACAUUUGGCUCCUUUUACAGCAUUUUACAUGACAGGCGCUCAGAAUAUCCAAUAUUGCACUUGGGAACGAUAGUUCACAUACUUCUUCAGGUGAUUGAGGCUCUUGUGUUUCUUCACUGGCGUGGAUUCAUCCAUCGCUCUUUUUCUUCACAUGCUAUUCAGAUUGUAGCAGCAGGCAGAGCCAAAAUAAGUAACUUUGAACACAUGAUAGAAAGCAAAGAUGGCAAGAAGUGUGAUGGCAUCGAUCAUUUCCCAGUACCCAAGCAGCUGUACUGCUGGUCAUCUCCUGAGGUAGUUGCAGGAAGAACUGGUUCCAUAAAGUCUGAUCUUUACAGUUUUUGUGCAGUGAUGCAGGAGUGUUUAACAGAUGCUCUGCCAUGGAAUGGGUUAGAGGGUGAAGUAAUUAAGGAUUCUAUGGCUUCAGGACAUUUCUUGGCUGUGGAUCCCUCUCUUUCUGAACCAUAUUAUUCUAUAGUCAGGACUGGAAUUCAGACUAGUCCCAAGGAACGGACAACACCUCUGCAGGAUAUUGGAUAUUUACUGAAGAAUGAUUUCAAGCACUUCCAGGACAAAGUUCCAUAUACACAACGUGCUCUUAUGAUUGUAGAGGCAGAUAUGAAAAUGCAACGUACAGAGCAGGAAAUCCCACUGGACAAUUUUGAGGAAGUUACAGAUUUGUUUUAUAAAAGAACUAAUAUUUCCAGUUCCAGUUCAAGCAAGUCACAGUCUGAAACCCUGUAUGACAUGGUAGUGCAGUCUGAUGAAAUGAAUACCCACCUAAUCUCACCAGAGGAGAAAGGUCAAAACAGAGCUGGGGGUUUCUAUCAAGAGAAUGUGGGAAGCCCGUCCAUUUCAUUAUCAUUAAUGAGUGAUUAUGAGACGGUUACCAGUUCCGAUUCAGAGGAAGGAGAUAUCGACUGCAGGAGCUUAGAAACAAAUGAAAACUGGCAAACUGAAUUACAGGCGCUAGAUAAUAGAUUCAGUGCAAUCCAGAUACAUCACAGAUCCACUCUUGACAAUCUUCUGAACAUUCAGACGUUUCUCCAAGACCAUAACACUGUACUAGAUGCCGAAGAAAUACGAAAACAAUCCGAAAAUGUCUGCUUGAAAGAAAAUGCAUAUCCUGACAGUGGUACAGAUGAGGCUGAUCACGCGCUUCCUCUUUACAAGAGCAAAUUGUAUGCUGGAUGGUCUGCUAAAGGCCCUCCACCUCACUAUCUACCUCCUGAUGGUGCGGCAUUCUCCAGAACUGACAUCACCUCAGAUACAAAGAGAAUACAGAGCGGGAGUGUUGUAGACACAGUGAGAAAGGCCUUUAAGAAAGGUGAAUGGUGUGCUGGCCUAGGCCCAUUUAAAGGGAAGACACUUGGUCAGGAUUUCUUGCAGUUAACUAAGAGAAGCUCUAAGAAUAGUCAGGCAGAUGAUAUUAUGACACCUCAGUAUUAUCCAAGUUCCAAUUCUGCUCCACAUUGGCCAGCAAAGAAUUUGGGAAGGAAAAUGGUGGUUUCUUCUAAAGUAAGGGCUGAUAGUGAACACCUACAGAACAAGAAACUGUGUGAACCUAUCUGUGAUCAUGAAGAAGAGCAGAGAAGCAACAAGACCUGUGAGGAUUGUGAAGAAACUAAACUGGAGAAACUGUUUCGCCAUUUUGCAGGUAGAAAUUGUCAAUCUCAAGAGAAUGAAGACAGCUCUGAGAUCCCAGGGGGAAUGAAGCCACUCCAGGACUAUUCCAAAGACACAGAUUCAAAUCUUAGCACUGAAACCAGUUACUUUACUCCAGAAAAUGAUGUUUCGGUCGAGAAAACAGAACAAGAGACACUGAAUGUGUGUGAUGAGUCGGACCAUACCUUAGGAGGGUGGAGUCCUAGUACGUGUUUCGAUAAAACAUUAGCAUGGACUGGAAAAAAGCCAUUGGAAAACAAUAUGCCAGAGCUUACCACCACUGGUUUAUCAACAACUACCCGGUCCACUAUAGAUGUUGAAGAAUUGUCAAGUAUUUCAGGUGAUCAGAAAAGUUCUCUAUUGCAAUUUACUACUCCCAGAAAUACUGAAGCUUCGGCUAGACACAGCACUCCAGUCAGUCCAGGAAACCUGAUGUUGGGUGCUACGUCUAAAAGAAGAUCCUUUCUAGAAAAACAGCUCAAAAGCCCUAAUUCUACUCUUGUGUCACCAAACAAAAAUGUUUCAAGUAAAACAUUAGAUAGCUUCAUGUCUGCUCUGUGUGAAAUGCCAGGCUAUGUCAGUCCCUAUCAGGAGAAGACAUUCACAGUGAAAGAUCAGAAUGCAAAUGUCACCCCCAUGAAGAACCAUGAGUCAGGGUCUGAUGGUGAUGAUGCACUGCCUGGACCUCGGUAUUCACUGAAUAAAACCGAUCAUGAAUGCCAGAGCAUGGAAAUCACGUGUCUGAUUAAUGAGACCAUUUGUGGUCACUCAGAAAGUGGACAUUUCUGAAGCACACAGAGCACUUUUCUUUCCCAUUAAAUGACUCGACUGGCUCUAAGACGACAUUACCUCAUCUGACAUGUCUGUUUUAGUAACAACUUGCAUUCCCUAUGUAAU